GGUUUGGCUCCUUCGUUGACAAGACCGUUCUGCCCUACAUCAGCAUGCUACCCCAGAAAUACCGUAACCCCUGUCCGGACCGCACCGAGCAGUGCCAGCCCCCCUUCAGCUUCCGGAACGUUCUGCCGCUGACCGACAACGCCACCGAGUUCGAGGAGAAAGUCAGUCAGCAGAACAUCUCGGGGAACCUGGACCCCCCGGAGGGGGGGCUGGACGCAGUCAUGCAAGCGGCAGUGUGUGGGAAGGAGGUGAGAUGGCGAAACGUCACGCGGUUGCUGGUCUACACAUCAGACGCCACAUUUCACACAGCCGGAGACGGGCGUCUUGGGGGCAUUUUCCUGCCCAACGAUGGGCACUGCCACCUGGACCCGAGCGGUCUGUACUCCGAGAGUCAGCGCUACGAUUACCCCUCAGUCGGGCAUUUGGCUCAAACUCUGGCCAAGCAAAAUAUUCAGCCUAUCUUCGCUGUGACAGAGAAUACACUGCACACCUACCAGGAGCUCAGUAAAUUGAUCCCAAAGUCGGUGGUUGCAGAGCUGAAGGAGGAUUCCAGUAAUGUCCUGCAGCUGAUAACAGAGGCAUACGGGAACCUGUCUUCCACCAUUAACCUGGAACACUCAAAGCUGCCGGAUGGGGUCUCGGUCCGAUUCGAGUCUCACUGCAGGAACCAGACCAUCGCCCACAGUGGCCGGGCUGAGUGUCUGAACGUCCGGAUCAACGAGGAGGUCAGGUUCACAGUGACGGUCUCAGCUUCGGCCUUGAGCUGCUCCUGGUCUCGGAAAGAGUUUGAGCUGCGGGUUUUGGGAUUCACGGAGAAGCUGGAGGUCCAGGUGGAGACGGUUUGCGGCUGUGAGUGCGGAGACGGCGGGAUCGAGAGUGACGACAUGUACUGUAGCCACGGCAUCGGCAAGUUCAGCUGUGGACAGUGCAGCUGCAGUCCUGGAUACUUGGGAAAGGCUUGCGAGUGUUCCCAGGAGAAUUCAGGGGUGCAGGACCUGAGCGAGCCGUGCCGCAAGGAAAAGGAGUCAGCUCUGUGUGGGGGCCGAGGUCACUGCCUGUGUGGUGUGUGCAUCUGUAACCACCAGCUACGAGGACGGUUCUGUGAGUGUGAUGACCACAGCUGUACCAGACACAACAACAACAUGUGCAGCGGGAAUGGAGAGUGUGUCUGUGGGACGUGUCACUGCAACUCCAGCUACACAGGUGAAGCCUGCGAAUGCUCCAUGUUAAACAAUGCCUGCCAGGUUGCAGAGGGUCCAGAAUGCAGUGGCCAUGGGCAAUGUAAAUGUAACCGGUGCCAGUGUGAGUCCGGGUACCAAGGAGCGACCUGUGAGACGUGUGUGACCUGUCCGACUGAAUGUGAGCAGUUCAAAGACUGCGCAGAAUGCUCGGCCCGCCAGUCCUGCCGCUCUGAGUGCCUGGGCGUCACGGUACAAAUGGUUCGGAAGUUUCCAGAAGGCACGCUGCCCUGCGCCCAGUGGGUUGACGACGGGGAGCUGCUUGAGUUUGUGGUGCUGUGGGCUGAGCUGGGCUCUUUACUGCUCGUUCGUGAGAGAGCCCCACUGAGUGACAAGACGUUCAUCAUCAUCACCUCGGUGAUGGCGGGGAUCGUUCUGAUCGGCCUGGUGUCUCUGGUGAUCUGGCGGGGGCUGCUGGAACUCUACGAUCGCCGGGAGUACCACCGCUUCGAGACAGAGAGGCAGAACGCGCGCUGGAACGAGUCAGGAAACCCUCUGUUCAAGAGCGCCACCACCACUGUGGUCAACCCCCAGUACAUGGAGGAAUGAAGCCACGAACUGACCCUGCCAAACCGGCCACGGGCGAGAGAAGGUCAACUGGACAACCGAGUGGAAAGCAGAGAUCCAGCGAUGGAGGGGAAGCGAG